AUUCCGGAUGUCUCUAGAUAAGUGCGAGUCUAGUAGAUUGUUGUUGAGUACAUCAAUAACAAUGACUUGAACAWUUUWAUCAGAAACUSAGUGAAAAAGMUAUGGACUAUGUUACCAAUGGCUAGUGGAGUAUUGAUAGGGGCAGCUUGUGGAGUAGGGGCAGGUGUAUUGGUUGGAAUUYUUUGCUGUAUGAUAUAUGYGUACUUGAAGAAAAGAMAUGAGCGAAAAAGGAGAUUAAGAAAGAGAAGUUUUCCACCGCCUGGAUCUAAUAUCUUUCGACCACACUCGCCUUCCGCAAUUAGAAACCCUCCAAUAAUCCCGUUACAUAUACAGCCAACAGUACAAGAAUUUAACCCCGAGUAUCAAUUGUCGCCGCCCAAUGUUUCACCUACUCUGUCUGAUGSAUCCAGAAGYCCUAWUGGUGGCUCCAGACGAUCUUCAGUCCACCUAAACGAUAUUCUCACYAUCAGUACGAUCGAUAACCCGCCAAAACGCAAGUUAAGYCCAACAUGCAUAAGGGAUGCCAAUGAACCAGYAAUCGCCRAUCUGUAUAUCACACAAAAAARAAGAAUGGGUCUGAAAAGACAACUGACAAAAGUCAAUGAAAGCACCAUUUUGGGUAAACUUGAAUUCACGCUUUUCUAUGAAGAAAGCAUACAGGAAUUGCAGRUCUACAUAAUGCGCGCUCUUCAGGUACACGUACCCGRGUCUGACGGACCGGUUAACCUUGCCGUUAAGGCUGUCGUUUUGCUCGAUGGUGAGCCAGUAUGGCAGGAUAAAACUGGGAUCACAGARGCUUCUAGUGAGGACGAUUUCAGUGAGAAACUUAUUGUCCAUGAUUUACCAACCAACAAAMUGAGAAGAAGCUCGUUAAGGCUGGUUGUGUUGGAUGAUAAUACUGGUCAGGCUGCUGGCGAAGUGGUCUAUCCACUGUCAAACCUUCCUUUCAAUCAAUUCACCACUGAAACUAUGAAUCUUGCUGAAGCUGAAGACUUGGACUUUGGAAAAGAGAAUCAGGAUCAUGGCAACUACUCGGGCAAACUGCUUAUUUCAAUGGUCCAUAACCGUGACGAGAAAAUGCUGACAAUAGGAGUCGAGUGUGCAGAGGGUUUGCCUGCGAUGAUCAAAGGCACUGAAGUUUGUUCUUACGUCAAAGUUGUUGUGAUGCACUCUGGAAAGAAGCUUCAUUCAUCUUCGACAAAGGUGGUUAACAAGAUACGAAAUCCCGAUUACAAUGAAAUAUUCGACUUUGUCAUCCCCGAUGACAAACUACCUCAAGUGACGAUCUACUUCAAAGUGAAGCAUCAUGGGAAAAUGCGCGAUACCUCAAUAGGCAUUGUCAAACUAGGCAAUAGGAAUGGYCAUGACGCUGACCAUGAGACAGAAUACAGACACUUUGAACAAGUCCUGGACAAACCGCACCUUUGCAUUAAUAAUUGGCACGCGAUCCGAAAGCACCGAUGAAAUAGUAUUUUAAACGGCUUGUUUCGAAUUCAUUGGGCGUUUAAAACUCUUUAAGAGAAUUAGCUAUGAGGUUCUUUGACWUGAGCUAAAUAGCCACACUUAUUAAGCGUUGAGCCUUUUCUGGUUUUUAUCCCAAAGGGAAAAUUUUUGUUAGUUUGUUCGUCUUUAAUUUUUUUUGUGUGUUUUGGCUACUAAUACGUUAUUUUAACAUCAUGUAUCGAAAUGAUAAUUCAUAUAAUAUCAAUCGUGACUUAUAUAACACUAUGUUAUUAGUACUGUUUACGACUAUGUUCUACACUAUAUUUYAUUGUCUUUCACAUGUUGUAACCAGUUUUAAAUCAAAACGCGCAACAGGUUUGCACACAUCUCCGAAUUAUAAACCAAAACAUGAUCGUUCAGUACUGUGUAGAACGCAAAAAUUACUGAAAAUAUCGUUUUUUAUAAUUAAUCKAAAAUCUCUAUAUUCGUUUAGCACAUAGGCCGAGCAAUCAAAACAAAUAAUGUAAUAUUCUGUGCGAACAUUUUUCCGCUAAUUUCUUUAACUGUGAAAAACAAUUUUUAAAUAUAUUCAAAAUUCAAUUUCAUCGUUCCAUUCUGAUUCGAGGAAACAACCGAGUUCAUUAAUUUCUUUGGAUUCGAUCGUUUCCAUUUUAUAAUUUGUAGAAUCGAUUAAAAAUUUCUUUAUAUGAUUAG